CAAGAUGGCGCCAUCACAAAGUGUUGGUCGGACAAGAGCCAGAAGGGCAACGUCCCAAAUGGACAAAAGACAGUCAAGAAGACGCACGCAACAUUUGGAGCACACUCGAGGACAACAUGUGGCUUCGCGAAGACCUUCUAAAGUCCAUUUGGCACGCUUUCACAGCGCUGGACGUGGACCAGCGUGGCAAAGUGUCCAAGUCCCAGUUAAAGGUGCUGUCUCAUAGCCUGUGCACCGUCAUGAAGAUCCCCCAUGACCCCCUGGCCCUUGAGGAGCAUUUUAAAGAUGACGACAAAGGGCCUCUCUCCAACCAGGGCUAUAUGCCGUACGUCAACAGGUUCAUUCUUGACAAGGUACGAGAAGAUUUUGAUGUUUUGGAAUUGAACAAGAUGUGCUGGACGCUGUGUCACAAGAAUAACGUCUGCGUUAAUCAUCUACUCAUCUCAAACUACGACGCUUUUAAAAUCUGGUGCAUUUUCAACUUCCUGUCCGAAGACAAGUACCCGCUUGUCAUUGUCACUGAGGAGGUCGAGUACUUCCUGCAAAAGCUGACCGAGGCCGUGGCGAGCGGCUGGCGCGAGGAGAAUCUUUCGGCAUCCACGCUCCAGGCGAACGGGAGCCGCUGCCUGACUGCGUGGGAGCUGAUCCGACUGGUGGGAAGCGGUGCCUUCGGCGAGGGCGUGGACCGGGCAAGUCUUUCUCUGGGCAUCAACGAGGUCUUCCAGGAGCUCAUCCUGGAUGUGCUGAAGCAGGGCUACAUGAUGAAAAAGGGCCAUAAGAGGAAGAACUGGACCGAGCGCUGGUUUGUGCUGCGACCCACUUCGAUGUCGUACUACGUUCGCGAGGACCUUGUUGACAUGAAAGGACACAUCGCUCUCGACCAAAACUCUUGUGUGGAGUCUCUUCCAGACAGAGAGGCAAAGAAAUGCCUGUUCAUCAUCAAGUGCCCCGAUAAAAGCUUUGAGAUCAGCGCGUCCGAUAAGAAGAAGAAGCUGGAAUGGAUUCAAGCUAUUCAAAGCUGCGUCCGGCUGCUGAGGUCGGGGCUGGCGUCCCCUCGUCGCGAGGCCAGGCUGAGGCGCCGCCGGCUGCGGCAGAGGCGGCGGGAGGAGGAGGACGACGACGACGACCUGGCCGACGGGAUGAAGCGGCUCCUGGCGGCCAAUGAGAGCAAACGGAUGCAGCUGGUCGCCGUGAGGAAGAAAAUGGAGCAGGUUGCGGCUGAAGCAGCGACAGAAGAAGAGAGGACGAAGAAGACUCAGUUGGAUCUGCAGGAUCGCUUCAGACUGGACCUGGAAAGAGAGAAAAUGGUGCGUCAGCACGUGGAGGCGCAAGUGGCCCAGAAGUCCAGCGAACUGGAGCAGUAUCUACAGCGUGUCCGCGAGAUGGAGGACAUGUACCGUCAACUGGAGGAAUCCUUGGAGGACGAGAGGCGGGCCAAGCGGGAUGAAGAGGCCGUGCGCAAGCUGCGGGCCAGGCCGCUGGACGAGGAGGCGGCCGGGAGGGCCGAGCCGGAGCGGCGGAAGAGGGCCGAGCGGCGGGAGCCGGCGGCCGAGGAGGAGCGAGAGCGGCGGGCGGAGAGGGUGGAGACGGAGCGGCGCGGAGCUCUGCAGAAGUAUGAGGAGGCGGCGAGGGAUCCGGAGCGAGCCGCUAACAAGACCAAGAAGCGGAGAGAGCGAGCGGGCAGACGCCAGGGGCUGGCGCGGCUCAUCCAGCCAGGUAGCGGGCGUCUUUUAGGGACACUUCCGCAACCAAAUGCGGACGCCGGCCAACUCUGAGCAUUUACAGACAAAAACAUUUGUUGUUUUUUCUUCAGAAAUUGGGUCAAUUCAAAUCGAUUGUUUUUAUUCAUUUCAAUUUUUUUCCUAUUGUUAUUGUUUGUCAUAUAACGCAAAUAAUUUCAGUUGCAGUUGUUUAAAGUGCUCUAUAAAUACAAUUGGGUUGAGUUAUUUGAUUUAUUGUAAAUCAUUAAAUACAAAUAUUAGUAAAUGUCUCGUUUUUCGCACAGAAAAAGUUCCACUUUUGUCUCGUCAGACCACAAAAGUCUUCAAGAUGUUGAGAGGAGCUCAAAGAACAUUGUUGUCUUUGCUCAGCAGGCCACUUUCUUUUUUUGUUGCGGCGUCUUUUGCGACCUCUUGGAUGAGUCGUCGCUGCGCUCUUGCGGUAAUUGGGGUCGGUGACUAAUAUAUGCAUUGAAGUGGGACAAACAUGCGAAAACAUCAAUCAGGAAGUGGGGAAAAACCUUUUUCACACCACUGUAUAUCAAAUCACUGUUCCUCAUUGAAAUGCCAAUCCAAAAAAGUUUUGUUCCAUUUUUAAUCAAGAGUGUUGCGAGUAUUUUCCUUUUGUAUUUGUGUUUGUUUGUUCUGUUGAAUAAAUAAUGGGGUUUCUUUUCUUCA